AUGAAGGUUGUACCUGUUCUCGUCAGCGCAGAUAAUUAUGCGUAUCUUCUUAUCGACGAGCCGAGCAGGAAGGCGGCAGUGGUGGAUGUAUUAGACGUAGAAAAGGUACGGGCUGUAGCGGACAAGGAGGGCGUGAGCAUCGUCGCUGGCAUCACCACACAUCACCAUCAAGAUCACAGCGGUGGAAACAAGGCAUGUCUAUUCCCGAAAUCAUUGAUUCAAGUUUCUACGUAUCCUAGUAUCCCCGUUUAUGGAGGCUUUGAUGUGCCUGCUAAAACUGACCUCGUUGAGGAUGGUGGCGAGUUUACUGUUGGUGAUAAUAUACACGUUCGGUGCUUGGCAACUCCUUGCCAUACCAAGGAUUCUAUUUGCUUCCAUGUAACGGACACAUCCAACAAGUCUCAAUCUGGGGGUGUGUUCACUGGGGACACCCUCUUCUUAGGCGGGUGCGGUCGUUUCUUCGAAGGCACAGCAGAGCAAAUGCACGCCUCCCUUUCCAAACUAGCGACGCUCCCGGACGACACGGUCGUAUACAACGGCCACGAAUAUACAGCUGGCAACGUUGCGUUCGCCAAGACUGUCGAGCCCGACAACCCAGCUAUCGGACGACUUUUCAAGCUUGCACAGGAGAACAAGGUUACCACCGGUCUUUCAACUAUUGGUGAUGAGAAGGAGUGGAAUGUGUUUAUGCGUUUGGAUAAAGAUGCCAUACAGUAUGCGGCGCGGGUUACUGGUGCAGAGGAACCUGGUGCUGUUAUGAACAAGUUGCGUGAGCUGAAGAACAACUUUAGGGGGUGA